AUGAUUCAAAGAAAACGAAUUUUACAACAAAGUGGAAUAUUCCUUAAACAAAACCCAGGAGAAGCUCAUCUCACAAUUGAUGAACUGCGUGAAAUGGCUGCCAGUAACAAUGCUAGUGUAUUUAUGUAUAAAGUGUCGAGAUAUGUUGGCAAUAUUUCGCUGACUGGAAUAGAGUAAGAGAGGAACUCAAAGCUAUCAUAACUAGUGUUGGAGCACCAACAUUAUUUUUCACUUUCUCCUCUGCUGAUAUGCAUUGGCCUGAGGAACAUGAUGUAUUUAAAACUGAUACUGACAAUGAGUUAGGUAACUCUACCAGUGAUGUAAGACGAAAAAUGUGAUCAACAAUCCCCAUGUUGUAGAUUAGUUUUUCACCCAAAGAUUAGAAAGCUUUGUAAAACACUGGCUUUAUAAUACGCUGGUUUCGAUAUGAAUACCAAGGUAGAAAUAGUAUCCACUGUCAUGGUACCGCUAAACUAAAUAAUGACCCAGAUUUGUGUCAACUUACUCAGACUGCUUUGAAAGGUUUCUUAGUUCAAAAAUAUAAAGAUGAAAAUUAUUGUUCUGACACAACUGAACUAGACCAAGAUAUUGAAUCUGGGCAGAAAGCAGCUGACACAGUAUGUCAGUAUGUUGAUUGGUUAUUAUCAACCGUCAAUCCUAAUCCACCAGAAGAGGGCAUGUGGAUAAGACCUGAGAUUCAUCCAUGUCAAAGAAGUCAUGACAUUCCUGAAUAUGAAAAAACAUCAGAUUAUGUAGAUCUAUUAAACAUGGUUCAACGACACACUCGUUGUAGUACAAGUUAUUGUCUUAGAAAGAAGUCAAAUGAAACAGAGUUGAAAUGUAGAUUUCAUUUCCCUUUUGAUAUUUGUCCUAAGACAAAAUUAGAAUUUGAAAAAAUUCAUACUUCAGGUGAUGAUGAGCAUUAUCGAGCUAAGAUUGUGACUAAACGAAAUGACUCUAGAUUAAAUAACCAUCAACAACUUCAGCUCCAAGGAUGGAGAGCUAACUGUGAUGUUCAAGUUGUUAUUGAUCACUAUGCUUGUGUUGAAUAUCUCACAAAAUAUGCAGCUAAAGGUGAACCAAGAUCACCUAUAUUGAAACAGGCAUUCAAUUCUAUUGUGCAAAAUGUUGACAAUAGCACUGACUCUCGUAGAGUUAUUAAGAAGGUAGUAAUGAAAUCUCUUGGUGAAAGAGAUUAUGCAGCUCAAGAGACAUCAUUUGUUGUCUUUAAAACUCCACAGCUCAUCAUAUAA